GAAUUUGGCUGGCACUACAAAUUUGGAGGAAACACGGCAGGAUUUUGCCCGGCCUCCUUCGCGGCUCCCUUUUCCGUUCCCCGUUCCCGUCCCGACGCGUUUCCCCCCGUUCGUCUCAACUUCUCCUCAAGUUCUCGCGCUCGCACGAGCCAAACCCUCCUCGCCCUUCCACCUCGCGGCCGUCGUCCUCCCCCGCCUCCUCUCCACCCCUGGGCUGGCGCGGACUGGGGAUCCAAUCCGGACUCGGGAUCGACUUCUUCUUCGUUUGAUGCUGUAUAUGAUCACCAGUGGGCGAUGAUGGCGAUACAUUGAUACCCAUUUGAGGGGGCAAGAUGAAUUUGGGGCAGGCGGCACACCUGUCUGGGCAGACCGCACAGAUGAAUCCAGGCAGCGGGCAUGGGAUGCCACAGCAACAACAGCUGCAGGUCGCUCCGGGCCCCCCUGGCAUGGAUCAUGAGUUUAUAUCGAUGCGCAGAACCAUGCUGGAGAGGAUAGCCGACAUUUUCAAAAAGACGCGAGGACUUACUAAAACAAAUCAACAGCUGAUGCACCUCGUGAAGCAGCUUGAAGUCUUUAUGUACAAGAAGCAUCCGACCAAGGCUGGUUACUAUGAAAUGCUCAAGGGAUCAAUUGAGGUACAUUUGGCAGAGGCUUAUAAGGCUUUAAAAGCCAUUCACCAACGUCAACAAAUGUUGACGCAGGUAUCAUCUUCCUCCAACAAUGGCACAAUGAUUCCAACAGGCGAUAUGGCUCAGAGUGCAAAUGGGAAUUCUGCAAUGCCCUAUUUAAUGGACACCAAAGCCACCGGUCAUAACUCAAUUACAGGUUCCAUGCAUAAUCAGUAUCAGAACCCAUCCACCAGCAUGCCACUAGAUUCUACCACUAGUAGCGUCUCAGUGGUGACAACUUCAGGGAGCUUGCAACGACAGGCAACUCAUACGAUCCCAACUCUAGGGUUUAGCAAUCAACCUACCUUGCUUGCUAAUUCUGAGUACUUAAGUGGAGUUGGAUGCUUUAACGGGAAGUUGAAUAUCAUGCCACAGAUGCAGCAGGAACAUAAGCCAUUUGAUAAUGCUCAAAGUUGCUAUCCAGUGCAGCGCCUUGGGGGCGAUGCUGGUUCUGGGGUACACUCAAGCAUGCCAGAUACUUCAUCAUAUGGUUCAUCGGAUGCAAAAAUGAAUGAUGGCAUGGGAUUACGUUCGAAUUUGCACAGAACCACGCCAUCAGAAGCAUUUGCUAACCCAUCUCCUUAUGGCAGUUCUUGCAACAAAUCGUUUCAUCAGCAGUUUAAUGCUUUUCCUCCACAAAAGACAUCAACAUCAGCUGAUAUGACUAUCCCUAUAAGUUUCUAUGACACUGGUUCUUCUGCACCUACAAGCAACCUGGCCACUAAUGAUGCAAAUUUUCUGUCUAAUUCAAUAAUGAAUGCUGAGUUUCUUACAAGUCAGGCAACCACUCAAUCCCUUCAGCGACAGCCCCAACAUUGUAUGAAAGCUGAACUCUUGGAUCAUAAAAAAAUAGUGAAUUUUAGUGCAUCACAGUUAUCUCAAGAACAGCUACUCCGGCAGCAGCAGUUGCAGCAUUGUCAUUCCCAGUUUGUGCAAAAUCAUUAUAGUUUCAAUUGCCAGCAGCAAAAUACACAGCAGCAUCAGUUUAAUCGAAGGGGCAACUCUUUGGAGCAAUGUCAACUUGGUUCUGGUCAUGCUGACCAACUGUUGGGCCAUGGAGACCUAUCGCACAGUGAACUGAUGUCUUCCCAAGUAACCAAGUAUGCUAACCUCAAGGGCCAGUGCCAACUAACAAGUUCUCAGGAUAAUGACAACAGGGGGCAACAUUUUCACAUUCCAGCUUUGAAUUCUCAUGGUUCUCAGCCGUUAUUGUCCCUGCACCAGAAAUCUGUUGGUGGUUUGAGUGGUGCCGGUUGUUUCGUGAAUGGAAAGUACACUGAACCAUUGUUGCAACCACAUUUUAAAUCUCAACCAAUAGACAAGGCGCAUGUGACUAAUUGUUUUUCAAUUGAAAAGCAGGGCCAGGAUUAUUUUUGUGGAACAAUGGCAGAAGAUAGAGGACAUCAGCUUGUUUCAUCUGAUUCUCUAAUUGUUGGUUGUGCUGUGACUUCAUCUGAUCCUAAAUUGCCAAAGCUCUUAACAAGAGGAUAUAUACAGGCCACACGAAAGAUGAAAGAUGACCUCAAUCAGAUACGGUGGUUGCUAAUGUUGAAGCAUGCAGAGGCUUGUCCAGCUCCUGUAGGAAGUUGUAAAUCUCAAUAUUGUGCUUCUGUACAGGAAAUUGUGAAGCAUUUUAGGGACUGUCAAACAAAAAGGUGUGCUUAUCGGUACUGCAGCCAAUCAAAGAUGUUGUCUGGUCACUAUGAAAAAUGCAUUGAUGAGCACUGUCCUGUCUGCAGCAAGGUAAAGGAAAGAUUGCGCCGCUCUUCUGAACAGGCACACAAGCUCACUCUUGAUGAGCCUAUAUUAACUACUCAAAAGAAUACAAUUCAACAAACCACCAAUGGAGCACAUGAUGAUAGGAUGGACAUUGACCUGGUGGUAGUUCAUACCUUUGAUGAGCAACCACUGGCACCAAAGCGUUUAAGGUUGCAGCCCAUGUCUACAAAUGCACCGGAAAAUAAAAACCCUAAUGUCGAUGUUUCUGAAGCAAACCCAAGGUUUAUAUCGCAGGAGCAAGAAACCAAGAUGGUCCCAAAACAGGAGGUCAAUGUGAUGGCUGAUAUGCCACCUCCAGAAGAUCCUGUAAUAAUUGGUCAUGGUAUUGAUGGGAAAGUAGGUGCUAUGCAAAAUAAUGUGAUUUCUGGUGUCCAGCAAGCAAACUUAUUGGCUGACAAAGACAUGAAUAAGAAUGUUGUUGAUUUUAAGAACAAAACAAAUGGACGUACCAUGAUGGCCAAAUCUUUGAAACCAAAGAUAAAAGGUGUUUCUCUCAUGGAAUUGUUCACUCCAGAACAAAUUAAAGAGCACGCUGACAGUCUGAAGCAAUGGGUUGGUCAGAGUAAAGCUAAAGUUGGAAAAUCUCAAGCGAUGGAACAUUCUGAAAAUGAGAACUCAUGCCAGCUUUGCAAAGUAGUGAAGCUUAAUUUUGAACCUCCGCCAAUAUAUUGUUCUCCCUGUGGUGUUAGGAUAAAACGAAAUGCAUUAUACUAUACUGUUUCCACUAUUGAAACCUCCCACAAUUUCUGUAUGUUGUGUUACAAUGAGUCUCGCAACCACAAAAUUGAGGUUGAAGGGAAGCUAAUUGACAAGGAUAAACUCGCCAAAAAGAGAAACGACGUCGAAACAGAAGAAUCGUGGGUUGAGUGUGGCAAAUGUCAAAGCUGGCAGCAUCAGAUUUGCGCCCUUUUCAAUAGCAAAAGGAAUGAUGUAGGAGAAGCAGAAUAUAUUUGCCCCAAGUGCUAUGUUUGGGAGAUAGAGCAUGGUUUACGCAUUCCUUUGCCGCAAAGUGCUGUUCUUGGUGCUAAAGAUCUUCCAAAGACUGUGCUUAGUGAUCAUAUAGAAGAACGCCUUUUUAAAAGGCUUAGAGAAGAGAGACAUAACCGGGCACUUCGUGAUGGGAAAAGCUUUGAUGAGGUUCCUGGUGCAGCUGGACUUGUGGUCAGGGUUGUUUCAUCAGUGGACAAGAAAUUGGAAGUUAAACCACGUUUUUUUGAGAUUUUUCAAGAAGACAAGUACCCAGCAGAAUUCCCUUACAAAUCCAAGGCUAUUCUCUUAUUUCAGAAAAUAGAAGGUGUUGAAGUAUGCCUAUUUGGCAUGUAUGUUCAAGAAUUUGGUGCAGAAUGUGCAGCCCCAAACCAACGCCGGGUUUAUCUUUCGUACCUUGAUUCUGUCAAAUUCUUUAGACCUGAGGUAAAAACAGUGUCUGGGGAGGCCUUGCGGACAUAUGUCUACCAUGAAAUUCUGAUAGGUUAUCUUGAGUACUGUAAGCAGCGUGGAUUCACUAGCUGCUACAUAUGGGCUUGCCCACCUUUGAAGGGUGAAGAUUACAUUCUAUACUGCCAUCCUGAGAUUCAGAAGACGCCAAGGUCUGAUAAGCUGCGCGAAUGGUACCUAUCUAUGCUUCGAAAAGCUAUGAAGGAGCAUAUUGUUGUUGAGCUGACAAAUCUCUAUGAUCACUUCUUUAUCACUACAAAAGAGUGCAAAGCUAAAGUUACCGCAUCUCGCUUGCCAUAUUUCGAUGGCGAUUAUUGGCCAGGAGCUGCAGAAGAUAUGAUCAACCAACUUUUCCUAGAAGAAAAUGAUAGUAAGUUGCAGAAGGGGAAAGUAAAGAAGGCUAUCACAAAAAGAGCUCUUAGAGCUGCUGGGCAGACUGAUCUAAGUGGGAAUGCUUCAAAGGAUGCUAUUUUGAUGCAAAAGCUUGGAGAAACCAUUUACCCAAUGAAGGAAGAUUUUAUCAUGGUCCAUUUGCAGCAUUCUUGCAGUCACUGCUCUAUUCUUAUGGUAGCUGGAAAACGCUGGGUCUGCCAUCAAUGCAGAAGUUUUAAUAUCUGUGACAGUUGUUAUGAUACAGAUCAACAGCUUGAAGAAAAGGAGAGGCACCCAAAUAAUAGUAGAGACUCGCAUGUGCUCCAUCCAGUUGAAAUUGCUGGGGUGCCUGGAGAUACCAUGGACAAAGAUGAUAUCUUAGAGUGUGAGUUUUUCGACACCCGACAGGCAUUUCUGAGUCUCUGUCAAGGAAAUCGCUAUCAACAUGACACACUUCGCCGUGCAAAGCAUUCCUCAAUGAUGGUGUUAUACCACCUCCAUAAUCCAACUGCACCAGCUUUUGUUACCACAUGUAAUAUCUGCAAAAAUGAUAUUGAAACUGGUCUAGGAUGGCGAUGUGAAGAAUGCACAGACUUUGACGUAUGUGCUGCAUGUUACCAAAAAGAUGGAGGUGCCAAUCAUCCUCACAAGUUAACAAAUCAUCCAUCAUCCACUGACCGCAAUGCUCAAAAUAAGGAAGCUCGCCAGAUGCGUGUUCAGCAGGCACGGAGAAUGCUUGACCUCUUGGUCCAUGCGCACUCAUGCCGUGCUAUACCUUGCCUGUAUCCUGACUGCCUAAGAGUUAAGCGACUCUUCAAACAUGCGAUGAUUUGCAAAAUACGGGCAGCUAAGGGUUGUAAAGUGUGUCAGAAAAUGUGGUCUCUCCUUCAGCUCCAUGCCCGGGCUUGCAAAGAAUCAAAAUGUAGUAUACCAAGAUGCAGGGAUCUCAAAAACCACCUAAGAAGGUUGCAACAGCAGUCUGAGUCCAGGAGGAGGGCAGCCGUAGAUGAGAUGAUGAGGCAAAGAGCUGCAGAAGUUGUUCGGAAUUAAUAAAGUCAAGUAUACAUGUAGAAAGAAGAUAGCGAGUACAUAUAAUCAGUGCAACUCUUCUGAUGCCCAAAAGACAAGUUCAUGUUGGGCAAAUUGAGAGGAUACAGCUUCAGCAAAACAUCAUUAUACCAGACAUGGAAUACCUUGGUCAGAAAGGGUGGUUGCCUCCUGGGUCUGCACCCAUGCUAACAAUUGUUUCCGCACACCGAUUGAUGAUCUCGUCGAGAGGCUCCGAUGAUUAUCUCGGCAACUUUUAUACUGUAUGUAUUCUAGCAUUGGUCUGUUUUGCAGCCUGCUCAUGUACAUUAGAAUCAUGGACACUUGGACGGUGCCCCGUCAUGUGUAAAAUAGGGCAUGGUAGUGGUCACCAAAAGGAGAGUAGAAACAUGUCAUAGUUGAAAUUUUGUGUUGUUGUCUCGAUUCAUAGACUGUAGGAAAGAAACAGGGUUGCUGUCAGACAUUUCUUUUGUUAUAGUUCCUGUCCCUACAUUUUUGCAGUCUCUGUAGGGCGGAUCUUUAUAUAUAUAUAAAGAAACUUGUGACAUUACA